CACAGUGGCUUAAACUGAUAAUUUUAAAGCAUUUAUUAACGCAAUUCAUAUAAGAUACCCAUUCCUAGCUAGGCAAAGUCGAGGCUUCCGGUUGUAUAUUCGCACAUAUUAAAGAAACGAAACGAUAUCGAGUUAUUCACUUCCUUGUUUAGUGCUUUCCCUUCCUAUAAGCGUGUUCUGUUAAAGAUAAAUGUGUUAAAUCUUCAGACUGAAAUUGAAGAAUGAGGUUCUCCAUGGAGCUUCGCCUCAUCGCUGUUUCUGUGUGUGUGUUGCUGCUGUGCGGCUCAUCGUGCGGAUCUAAUGCCUCUGUUCCUCUGGUCAUAUGGCACGGCAUGGGAGACAGUUGUUGCAAUCCACUGAGCAUGGGUGCUAUAAAGAAGAUGGUGGAAGAGGAAGUCCCAGGAAUUUAUGUGCUUUCCCUGAUGAUUGGCAAGUCAGUUCUACAGGACACUGAAAAUGGCUUCUUCAUGGAUGUCAAUGAGCAGGUGUCUUUCGUUUGUGAUCAGCUGUCCCAGGACCCUAAACUGAAGGGAGGCUACAAUGCAAUGGGCUUCUCCCAAGGGUCACAGUUUCUGCGAGCAGUUGCUCAGCGCUGUCCUGACCCCCCCAUGAAGAACCUGAUCUCGGUCGGUGGGCAGCAUCAAGGGGUAUUUGGUCUUCCUCGAUGUCCUGGUGAAAGCUCUCAUAUCUGUGACUGGAUUCGCAAGAAGCUGAACUCAGGAGCCUACACAGAUGCGAUUCAAAAACACUUGGUGCAGGCACAGUACUGGCACGAUCCCCUCAAUGAUGACUUGUAUAAAAAGUACAGUCUCUUCCUUGCUGACAUCAAUCAGGAGCGGGUGGUGAACGAGACCUACAAGAAGAAUCUCAUGUCUCUGAAAAAGUUUGUCAUGGUUAAGUUCCUGCAGGACACUAUGGUCGAUCCUCUGGAUUCUGAGUGGUUUGGGUUCUAUAAAGCUGGUCAGGGUAAAGAGCUGGAAACGCUGCAAGAAAGUGCAAUAUAUACAGAGGAUCGCCUGGGGUUGGCAGAGAUGGAUUCUGCAGGAAAGCUGGUGUUCCUCGCCUCUGAUGGAGAUCACCUACAGUUCACCCGGGAGUGGUUUAAUGAGCAUUUACUUCCCUACAUACGCUAAACACAGUGACUCGCUUUUAUUCCCAACGAGAGAGUUAAUGCACACUUCCACUGUCAGUCUUACACUGUCUCAUAUACGAAUUAAGCCUGUUUUGUUUUGUUGCACUGAUCUGACUUUUAUUUGACUGAUUCAAUAAUAAUAAAAUCUUUUUUAAUGGAA